AUAUCGAAUGCAAUCGAUACAUAUCGAAGUAUACUGCGGAAACGUCAUCGUUAUCUAUUGCAUCAAUAAGUAGAACAUGAAUAGUUGUUUGUAAAUUGAUUUAAAUUAAUAUCUGCUUAUUUAUUGUUUACAAAAUUCUUUUGUACAAUGGAGACGAGUGGAGGAUCUAAAGAAAAACCUAUUCAUGACAAGAAAAUGGGAUGGAAGAAACGUCUGCAGGAGCUUCGUUUGAAAAGGAAUGAAGCUAGACAAGAAAAUCACAAAGAAGUUGUUGAAGAAGAUAAGAGAAAUAAACUUCCAGCUAAUUGGGAAUCUAGAAAAAGACAAGCGGAAUGGAUAUUACAAGAUGAAGCUGCCAGGAAAGCUGCAGAAGAGAAAGGAGAAGAUUACGAAAGAAUUAAAUUACUUCACAUAGAUGCUAGAGAAGCUGAGCGAAUAGCAAAAAAGAAACAAAACAAGAAAAAUCCAGAUCCAGGAUUUGCUGAUUAUGAACAAGCAGUUGUACGUCAGUACAAUAGAUUAGUUAAAAAUAUAAAACCUAAUAUGGAAACGUAUGAAGAACUCAAAGAAAAAUUAGGACCAGCAUUCUAUGGCGAUAAAAAUACAAUUUUGCAUGGACUUCACGAAGAUAAGAAAGAGGCAAUCGAUAGAAUGGUCGAUAAUUUGGAAAAACAGAUUGCGAAACGUGAGAAAUAUAGCCGAAGAAGAAUGCAUAACGAUGACGCAGAUAUUGACUAUAUUAAUGAACGUAAUGCUAAAUUCAAUGAAAAAUUGGAAAGAUUUUAUGGCGAAUACACACGAGAAACCAAACUUAAUUUGGAACGUGGAACAGCUAUUUAAUUUCUUUUUUCUGGUAAUUAAUGAUACUAUAUCGAUAUAAAUAGAUAUGCUUUUCUAUUAAUUCUGUUGAUUGAAUUGUUUGAUGUAAAUCUUACGGCACGUGCGAAUCGGCUGUUAAUGAUGAACAGACAAAAUGAAUUUAAUUUUGUAAUGUUUUUAGUGCAUAUUUGUAUACACAUUUUAACAAUUACAUGAUUUUCUUCAUGAUUAUAUUUUUUUGUAGAGUUCUAUAAAUAACUUGUAUCAUUCACAAACAAUUAUGUAAAAUUAAAGUUAUUUAUCAUAGAACUGUUUCAGUUAAUUGAAAUAAUUUGAACAUUUGAUCUAGCUAAAAAAACGAAUUGUAUGUUAAACAAAGUAAAAAUCAGGUUGGAUAAAAAGCUGAAUACGCGAGACGAGCGUUGAAUGAUUAGAAUUGUUAAAGAUAAUAAUUCUCAUAUAAAGAAAUAUUUUCUGCAUUACAAUAAGCUAAAGAUAUUUAGGUAGCCUUAAAUGGAUUACUUUGUAUAUUGUUUAAAUAUUUUAUAAAUACAAAAAUAUUGUAUGUAUUAUAAA